AUGGUCUGCAGCAGCCCAGGACGGAUGCUGCUCUUACGGGCCGGGAUGCUGGUCCUGGCUGCGCUCUGCCUGCUCCAGAUCCCCGGAGCUUGGGCAGCAGCCUGUGAGCCCGUCCGCAUCCCCUUGUGCAAAUCCCUGCCCUGGAACAUGACCAAGAUGCCCAACCACCUGCACCAUAGCACCCAGGCUAACGCCAUCCUGGCCAUCGAACAGUUCGAAGGUCUGCUGGGCACCCACUGCAGCCCGGAUCUGCUGUUCUUCCUCUGCGCCAUGUAUGCACCCAUCUGCACCAUCGACUUCCAGCACGAGCCCAUCAAGCCCUGCAAGUCUGUGUGCGAGCGCGCCCGGCAGGGCUGCGAGCCCAUCCUCAUCAAGUACCGCCACUCGUGGCCAGAGAGCCUGGCCUGCGAAGAGUUGCCGGUGUACGACCGUGGCGUGUGCAUCUCUCCCGAGGCCAUCGUCACCGCUGACGGAGCGGAUUUUCCUAUGGAUUCUAGUACUGGACACUGCAGAGGGGCUAGCACCGAGCGCUGCAAAUGUAAGCCUGUCAGAGCAACACAGAAGACCUAUUUCCGGAACAACUACAACUACGUCAUCCGGGCUAAAGUUAAAGAGGUUAAGACAAAAUGCCACGAUGUGACCGCCGUCGUGGAGGUGAAAGAGAUCCUAAAGGCGUCUCUGGUGAACAUCCCCAGGGAUACCGUGAACCUCUACACCACCUCUGGCUGCCUGUGCCCCCCACUUCAUGUUAACGAGGAAUACGUCAUCAUGGGCUAUGAAGACGAGGAACGCUCCAGGUUACUCUUGGUGGAAGGCUCUAUAGCUGAGAAGUGGAAGGAUCGACUGGGUACAAAAGUCAAGCGCUGGGAUAUGAAACUCCGUCAUCUCGGCCUGGGUAAGACGGAUUCUGGUGAUUCCACUCAGAGUCAGAAGUCUGGCAGGAACUCUAAUCCCCGGCCAGCGCGCAGCUAAGUCCUGAAAUGCAAAAGGCCAC